CACCCCGUGUCCUCGCGCUCGCGCGGCGGCACCGGAAUGGCGGAGCCGGCCUGGAUGCGGAGGCAGAUGGAGCAGAUCCUGGAGCUGGACAUGGAGGAGCUAGAGGUCGAGGAGGUCGACGACUCCGGCUCAUCCUCCUCCUCCGACGUCGCCACCUUCCUCAGAAAUACUCAUGGAGAUCGAGAGGCUAGCACUUCUGAAGAGUUUACAUUUAAUACAUCUCGGGCUUCCCUGAAUACAUAUGUUGGUGAGGUUGAUGAUACCCGACGCAGAUUUGCUUUCUUGAAUGGUGGUGCUGUCCUCAGUUUACCUAUGUUUUAUCUUCAAGGAUUUGUUUUGUUUCCUGAAGCUACCCUGACUCUUAGAGUAAUUCAGCCUAGAUUAUUAGCAACUGUUGACAAGGCUAUUAAUCAUGUUGAUACUCCAUGCAUGAUAGGUGUGGUUUACGCCGACCCACUCAUUAAUGAUGGACGUCAUCCUAUUGCUUCAGUUGGCACAAUAGCAGAGAUACACCAAAUUAUGCGAUUGGAUGAUGGCUCAUCAAAAGUUGUCACUCGAGGUCAGCAACGGUUUUGUCUUAGACGCAGUUGGGUUGACGUCGAUGAAGUACCAUGGGGUGAAGUCCAAAUCAUCGAAGAAGAAGCGCCCUUAAGAACUCCAAGAGAUGCAUUUGGACAGUUAGCUGCAAGUAAUACCUUCAAGCAGCGUGAUUCAUCAGUGCCCAGUUUUGUUGUAUCUUCUUUCAAGCAGAGAGAUCUUAUGGACUCUGAAAAUGAUUUUGAUUCUCUGUCAUCCACUAGUACUUCAAGUGACCAUUCAGUAACAGAUACAAGAAUAUACUAUUCCUCAAACGAAGAUGAAGAUCUCUUGCCUGAACCGUCUUGGCAGAAGCAUGAAUCUGUGAACGAAUUUGGUACAUUAUGUCAUCCAGUCAAGGAUACCACCAUGGCUGAUGAUGACGAUCUUUGGUUUGCAUCCCCUAAAUCCUUGUCGACAGUGAGGAAGAAAGAUGAACGGCAGAGACCGUACCAUUCCGCUUGUAAUUCAAAGAUGGCAUUGGAGGCUCCGUUAUCAUUUUGGCCCCGAUGGGUUUACGAUAUGUAUGAUUCAUAUUCACUUGCGAGCAGGGCUGCCGAUCUGUGGAGGCAGAUAAUCACAAAACCAAGCAUGGAUGACUAUGUGAAAAAACCAGAUAUGUUGUCGUUUCACAUUGGAAGCAGACUGCCCGUGCCAGAAUCUGUGAGACAGGAAUUGCUUGACAUUGAUGGAAUCUCAUAUCGGCUACAGCGGGAGAUUCAGAUACUGAAGGCAUUUAAUCUCAUACGAUGUAAAAAUUGCCUGGCUCUCAUUGCAAGACGCAGUGACAAGGCGGUAAUGUCUAGUGAUGACCCAGUUGGUGCAUAUGUCAAGCCGUACGACUCUGCGCAGGAGGUGAUAACACUGCACAAUGCUUCCGGGCUUGCACUCCAUGGAAAUCCUUCUAGAGAUCACAGCUGGUUCCCAGGAUAUACAUGGACGAUUGCGUUGUGUGCUGCCUGUGAGUCCAACAUUGGCUGGCUAUUCAGGGCUGACAAGAGGAAUGUUCUUCCGAAAUCCUUCUGGGGGAUACGCAGUUCCCGAAUUUCAGAUGAUACACAAUCAGCACAGGACAGAUCGUCUGCGUAGGUCGGUGGUCACAGCCGGCAUUGCAUUUUCUCCUCUUGCUUCUCUAGAAUUGCGUAGCUGGGCGUUUCUGGUGAAAUUGUUCAUUAUAGUCUGCAGUAUGACGGGUUGCUUGUUGCACACCAUUCUGAACGUUACUUGACAACUUCGUCAAGAAUCUGACCCCAGGACGACUUUGUGCUGUCAAGUACAUGCCAUCGUAAAUUAUCAUACAGUACUAUAGCUUCCCGUUGAAAA